AUGGAAUCUCAGGACGGAAUCUCCGUCCGGCCUAUGAGGCUCAAGGUACUCUACACAUUCGACGAUGAAAGUAAAACGAAUUGUCUCGCUCGAUGGCCUCACCUGCUCGAUAUCCAGACCGCCUCUCUGGACGAGAAAACUCAGAUCGGGGUCAUCGAGCUGAAAACGUGCAUCCAGGCCAUUGUCUCCGCGAGUCCGGAACUGGUCGCCAAGCUCGGACAAGAUUAUACCGUGUAUGCCUACGAUUACUCGGAAUAUGAAACACCGUUGGUCGGUCAGGGAAUGCUCUCAUGGGUUCUCGCUUCAGCCUCGCCAACACCCGACGCACCAGCUCACCAAUCGAAAACCAUGGUCACCGGUCGUGUGUGUAAAAAUGUGCUCGGUCUCUUUUCGAAAGGUGCCCAGGAGACGCUGGAGGUCAAAUUGCGGCUGGUGCCGGUUCCUACCUGUAUGCAGAGUGAAUACCUCGAUAGCAUGCAAAAAUAUCGGGAGCUGAGCAACAUCAUUCCUCAUGACUUCGACGCACAAUCGUGGACAAACUUCCUUCGUCAAAAUUCCGGACUGUUCGGUACCUCCCACAUUCAGCCGUCCGACCGCACCUCGUCGCCCAUGGAUCACUCCGGGAUCGAACGAUUUCACCAAUUGCUCAGUGAAGGGUCGAUGCCGAGAGAAAUGGGCCCCUCCAUGCCUUCUAACGGUACCUUUCGGUCUAUAUCGCCCGCACAAUCCGCGCUGGCCCCACCAAGCAGGGCAUCCACGCCGGGCCAGCUUCAGCAUCAACAUCAACAAUUACAGCUACACCAAGCACCUCAGAUGCAACAGCAGCAACAGGAGAUGUCGCAUGGCGACUCUAUUCGACCCUCCUCCAGUGCUUCCAUGCGUGAUUCCGAGCUUCCCGUUCACGUGCACUAUGGCAGUCGCCGUGGUUCUAUGCAAUCGGGCUAUGGGAGCGGCGACGAAUCGGGCGAGCAGCAGCCACGAAAGAGAGCCAAGCUGUAUCGAGCGGAUUGGCCUGGACGUACCGAUUUUAACAUUGAGAGACAGCCGAGCUCUUUGCGCGUAGCUGCAAGCACGGCCGCCUCAGUUCGAAUCCAUCGUCCUACUCCAAUCAACCCUGCAAUUGCUGCUGCUCAGAAUUCGAAUGAUGCGCCUGUCCGGCCACCGACACCGAUUUCGCACGCGAACGAUUUCCCGCGCAGAGCACGCCCAACUCCAACUCUUCUACGGGAAUCAUCCGUGCAGAGCACUAACAAUUACACAUCACCGUACCCUAUUAGUGACGACCAUCCCGGGGACAACACUCAGUCGCCAGAAGAGUCUCGGUACCAGGGUCUGUUCGAACCAUCGAUCAGUAUGCCCUCUUCGCCUCCGGUCUUGGAUUGUGGAUUCCCGAACGCUUCCAGUCCAGCCCUUCCACCAAUGGUAACUGACCCGGACUCUGGCUUCAUGAGCGGUGGGUUGGAGGAUCUGCUGAGCGAGGAUAUGGGUACUCCCCUGGAAGACUGCGCGAAGUCAAUGCCUCAUGAAGCAUCUAGACACCGGCGUACAGUUGACCGUGCAGUCAACGCCAGCUCUCCCAUCAAUCUUCCCACGGCGUUUGAGAACCAGGCGGAGAAUAUGCUGAAUGGUGAUGAACUACCUACACAGCCAUUAAAGGGAGUGGCCGCCGUCCCUGUUCUCGCCCCUGCUCCAGCUCCGCCUCGUGGCCCAGCCAGUGUAGCAGGCUCCAGGCCGUCUUCGCGGGCCAGUUUCAGACAGGCACCUAAACCUUUGGCUCCUGCUCCCUUUUCACAGAGCGAGUUAGAGCAACUCAUGAAUGCAAUUCCUGCAAGCGAUCCAGUCAUGCCAUCACAAGCUCCGGCACACUAUGCCCAUUCUUGGACAGGCCCGAUGAGCGAUCUUCCCAGUGCUGAAACACCCACGCCAAAGGCUGUGACCGAGGAUGGCAAAGUCAGGAGUGGUGCAGGAGCCAGGCGGCUCAGACAGGUUCAAGCUCGUCUCGACAAGUGCAUUCGAGAUGGCCAGGUGCCCCCUUACUGCGAAAACUGCGGGUCCAUUGAAACCCCCACAUGGCGCAGAGCCUGGUCUAAAGAAUUUGACGGCGGUGAGAAAGACGCAAAUGAGCUUAUGAAGGAUCCAACCAUGCUAUUCUGGCAAGUCUUGGAACGAAACGACCAGGAUCAACCCACAAAGUUCAAAAUGUACAAGAAAUCCUUGGUUGACGCCGAUAAUGACUUCGUCCAGAUCCUUCUUUGCAACCCCUGCGGUCUCUGGCUGCACAAGUUCAAGUGUAUGCGACCUGAAAACAAGUGGAACAAGUCGGCCAACGGCAAGAAAAAGCGGCCUCCCAGGAACCGCAAGACAGGCGGCCCGCUGUCCGACAACAACACUGCCACGAAGAAUCCCGGCAGGCCCCAAGCUUCGAAAGCGGCUGGAUCUUCCCCAGGGGCGUCCGAUGCCUCAUCGCCUGCAGAGGACGAAACUCCACGGGCAGACAAUGGCAACGAAACCCAGAACGACCAGGAAAACAACGACGAAGUCCAGGAGAUGCCAUCCCAGCGGCGUCGUGCCAAUAGUGUGGAGCCACGACGGUCAUCAGACACCGCACAGAACCGCUGGCAAGCGCAGGAUCCGACAGAAGCCCUGCGACGGGCUAUUCAAUCCAGUCCUGCUCGCAACCUUGAGAAGCGCGGCGCCGUGGCUAUGGGAGAUCACAGCCUUACGCCUAAGCGGUUGAGAAGAGCACUGUUCCACAGUAGUCAAAAUGAGGGCGGAGCUCUCAAAGCACUUGGUGAUUCCAUCCUGAACAGUCCACGACGCAGUCCCCGUGUUGGGUGCCGUGAUCCUGACAAGCAGGCAGAGGACAAGGAGAACGCCGCCAUUGAUAAAGAUCUUCGAGGUCUCUUUGAAAGUCCGUCGUUUGAUUUCGACCUGCCAACCAGCCCAACUCCGCGGAGGCGAAAUCAGCGAAGCAAUUUACUGGGAGAAAAGCGCAAUUCCCUUCCAUUUAUUUCCCCUCUGUCCAAAACCCGCAAAGACGCAAGCUCAGACAUGACGCCAACCAAGGUGACUGCCCAGAGACUACAGCGUAUUCAAGGCAACACGACUUCGUCGCCACGCCAGAAUAAAACACCCAAGUCCACGCGCUCUUUGGGUUCUGAUCUUUCCCCUACGCCUAACGAUUCUUUUGCAGCCGAGGACUUGACCAAUAUCAACAGUAUGAUAGUUGAUAUCUUCGCUGACGUUACGGCUUCGGCGCACGACGACCCCUUCUUCUUUGAACAAUCCAAGGGUGUGAGCAAUAGCACCUGGUCCGAUUGGAUCCCGUCUGAUUUUGUCUCUCCGGCUGGGUCGGAGGAAGGUCAGACCAACGAAGCGCAGCAGAGGGAUAGAUGCAGCGGCGCCAGUCAAGAUGAAGACCUGAUCAAUGCGAUCCUAUCCGACCCAGACAUCCAAAAGAAUGCUCAUUUCGAUCCUUUCCAUUUCGCCGAUGCAAGUGUCCUCGACUCUGGCUUUUUCGGGUCAGAUUCAGCCAGCAAGAAAUCGGCGCAAAAACAAUAG